GAAAACUACGCGUCCCAGGGAAACUCGCGGUCCGAGCGUCUCCCGCAGUGCGCACGCGCGGCAGCCGGCAAGGCUUUCCCGUUGCUAAGAUGGCGGACGACAGUGAGACAGCAGUGAAGCAGCCGCCGGGGGAGGAGAGCGUCCACGAGCACUGCAGCGACUGUGAGAACGAGGACGAGCACAGCCACAACCGGGGAGGCUCAAGCCCUACGGAUGACAGUGCAGGGAAGAAGAAGAAGAAGCAGAAACAGAAAAAGAAGAAGGAAAGGGGGGACCAGAUCGAUGUGGCCCAAGAUCAGUCAGCAAAGGCCAAUUCAUUGCCUUUGCAAGUCAAUUCGUUGCCUGCCGAAAGGAUCCAAGAGAUUCAGAAGGCCAUAGAGCUCUUCUCAGUAACACACGGACCUGCCAAGACAAUGGAGGAAGCCACCAAGCGGAGCUACCAAUUUUGGGACACGCAGCCAGUCCCGAAAUUAGGCGAAGUAGUGAAUACUCACGGGCCCGUCGAACCCGACAAGGACCAUAUCCGUCAGGAGCCCUACACCUUGCCUCAGGGCUUUACGUGGGAUGCCCUGGACUUGGGGGAUCGAGGUGUGCUCAAAGAGCUGUACACCCUGCUGAAUGAGAACUAUGUGGAAGAUGACGAUAACAUGUUCCGGUUUGAUUACUCACCAGAGUUCCUCUUGUGGGCUUUGCGUCCCCCAGGCUGGCUACCUCAGUGGCACUGCGGUGUGAGGGUCAUCUCGAGCAAGAAGUUGGUGGGCUUUAUUAGUGCAAUUCCAGCCACUGUUCACAUAUAUGAAGCGGAAAAGAAGAUGGUGGAGAUCAACUUCCUCUGCGUGCACAAGAAGCUGCGUUCCAAGCGGGUGGCACCGGUCCUGAUCCGAGAGAUCACCCGACGGGUACACUUGGAGGGGAUUUUCCAGGCUGUGUACACUGCCGGCGUGGUGCUUCCAAAACCUGUUGGGACCUGUCGCUACUGGCAUCGGUCUCUGAAUCCGCGCAAGCUGAUCGAAGUGAAGUUUUCCCACCUCAGCCGGAACAUGACAAUGCAGCGCACCAUGAAGCUUUAUCGGCUGCCGGAGACUCCCAAGACCCCGGGGCUACGGCCGAUGGAACACAAAGACAUCCCUGCGGUACACAGACUCCUGACAGAAUACCUGAAGCAGUUCCACUUGACCCCGCUCAUGAAUCAGGAGGAGGUGGAGCACUGGUUCCUGCCUCAGCCCAACAUCAUCGACACAUUUGUGGUUGAGGUGAGACUCUUAUUUCCCUUUCUCUUUGCG